AUGGGCGAAAUAUCUCAAUUUUCCGUGGCCGCCGUUGAUGAGCAUACCUCGGGUCAAAUGGAUUUUUCAUGUCAAGAUGAGCUACUGGGCAAGAUACUGCAGAUCGAGAAAACUGUGGGCCAACUGUUGGAUUGGUCGAAAUCAAUAACGCAGAAGUUUGGCUUACUACGCCCCGAUCCAGCCAUAACUACGACCACGCCGCUUCCACCUUCCGCGGUGCUUGAGGACUGCAAUUCUGACCAUGAGGCUGAUGAUUUUUACCCAAGUUUCUCUCCCUGCUAUGCAUUUUGA